AUGGGAAAUACCGAGAGCAAUGUCGCAAGUAGUGUCAAGAAACAAACGGAUACAUCGUCUAUAGUGCUUUAUAAAUUUGUAGAUCUGAAAGGGGGUGGAUUAUUCGUGGAUAUGAUGAAGAGAGCUACGCAAACUAAACAAUUUGCGGAAUUAGAUCAUGCCUUGAGAACGAAGGUAGAACCAUUUUUAUACAACAAAGGGAAAGGUAAAUGGAUACCGAUUGAAAAAUUAGUGUUAUUAAGAAAUAAAGAUCGGCCGAGACAUAAAAUGUUACCACCGUUAAAGGCUAUGGAAAAUCCAGCGGAUUACGAUAUAGACAAAGAUUUGAAUGAUGAUGACAUACCUGUAAAAAUUUAUUAAAUAAUUUUUCUAAUAGAUAAAAGCAAGCACAGAUUAGUAUGUUGGAGUUUGAGCGAAAGAGGAGCAGUCGGUGAAACUAUUUUACAUUUGUGUAUGUUGCACGCGACAGCCAUUCACGCGGACUUGGCAAAAAGACUGUUACGCUUUUAUCCGAAUCUCAUAAAUGACAUUUACAUAAGCGAUGAAUAUUACGGGGAAAAUGUAUUACACAUAGCAAUUGUUAAUGAAGAUCCAGCUAUGGUAAAAUAUCUUUUAGAUAGUGGAGCUGACGUUCACGAACGUUGCUUCGGUAAUUUCAUGUCUCCCGAAGAUCAGAAAGCUUCGAGAUAUGAUAGUUUGGAUCACGAGUGGGUUUGCGUUGCCCCCGAAACGAAUUACAGCGGAUACGUUUAUUGGGGAGAAUAUCCUCUCAAUUUUGCAGCAUGUUUAGGUCAAGAGGAAUGCUACAGGCUCAUAUUAGCAAGAGGUGCUGAUCCUGAUAAACAAGAUACCAAUGGAAAUACUGUAUUGCAUAUGCUCGUCAUUUAUGAAAAAGCGGCAACUUUUGACAUGGCUUACGAAGUUGGUGCAUCAUUGUCUAUUAGAAAUGUUCAACACUUAACACCAUUAACAUUAUCAGCUAAAUUAGGGAGAGUUGAAAUGUUCUUUCACAUUUUAAAUAUCGAGAGAGAAAUUUAUUGGCAAAUAGGAAGUAUAACGUGUGCGGCUUACCCUUUAUCGCAAGUUGAUACGAUUGACGUGAACACAGGAAAUAUUAGUCAUAAUUCUGCUCUAAAUCUCGUUGUUUUUGGCGACAAAGACGAGCAUCUAGAAUUAUUGGACGGUACUCUGGUUGAUCUUUUAAAUGCUAAAUGGAAUACUUUCGUAAAGGAUCGAUUUUAUCAACAAUUUUAUCUAUUUUGUUUCUACUUCAUUCUAUCACUAAUAAGUUUUACUUUACGUCCUGGACCAUCAUGGACGUUGGAAAAUCCUGCCGCACCAACGACCGUUGCAAGUACCGAUCCAACUUUUAAUAUUUCCGAUCCAAUGAUCAUGGAAACUAGACGAAUUUUAAAAUCAUUGCGAGUUGAUGAUCUCUCAGAGUCGAUUGCUAAAAAUCUAACUACGAGUUUACUCUUGGAAACAAAAUUAGCAAAAAAUUCUAACAAUGUUCUAGAUAAAAUUUCUUUGCAACUAAUGUCGAAUAUGACUUUGAUAUUGAAAGAUGCUUUGUUACCAAUUCUAUUAUCGACGUUAGAAGAAAAUAAUACUUUAGAUCGAUUAGAUGGGAGCUUUAUUAAUCACACUUUGAAUAAUGAAAAUCAUCUAAAUAUUAGCACGAUUAAUCGCAUCAAUACAAUCAAUGAUUUACUUAAAUUCAAUUCUACGAUGAGGGGUAGUGGUUUCAAUGGUGUUACUGAAAUUAAUAAAAAGAAAAGUUGGUGGCAAACGUUUACAGAAGAAUGCAGAUUAAUGCACUUAAAUUCUGCUACAGCAAAAAUUCGUUUGAUAGCCGAAGUGUUAAUGGAAAUUGCUGCUGUUCUUUAUAUCGCGGCUGCUUUAAGGGAAGCAAGAUUUUUAGGAUUGAAUAUGUUCAUCGAGAAUCUCAUGACAGCACCAUCCCGAGUAAUGUUUUUAUUUUCCUGUUGCCUUUUACUUUCAUUUCCAGCGUUGAGAUUAACUUGCGCCGACGAAGUUGAAGAUAUGCUUGCUGUAGUCGUCAUGUUAACGACAGCACCAUAUUUUUUAUUUUUUUGUAGAGGCUUCAAAACCGUUGGUCCAUUCGUUGUAAUGAUUUACAGAAUGAUCAUGGGUGAUCUGCUUAGAUUCGUUGCAAUCUAUUUGGUAUUUGUUAUGGGAUUUUCUCAAGCUUAUUACAUCAUAUUCUUAUCCUUUGACAAUCCUAAUACGCCAGACGGCGUCGACGAUUCAACAACUAAUCCGAUGCCAUCUCCAAUGGAGAGUGUCAUGGCAAUGUUUCUUAUGAGCAUGACGAAUUUCGGUGAUUACUAUGGAGCGUUUGAAAGAACAGAACAUGAAAUGGAGGCCAAGCUUCUUUUUGUUAUUUAUAUGGCAAUUGUUGCAAUUUUACUCGUUAAUAUGUUAAUCGCUAUGAUGGGAAACACAUAUCAAAAAAUUGCUGAGACAAGAAACGAAUGGCAAAGACAGUGGGCACGAAUAGUUUUGGUAGUCGAAAGAGGAGUGAGUCCUGCGGAAAGAUUAAAAAAAUUAAUGGAUUACUCACAACCGAUGUCAGAUGGUCGAAGAGCAUUGGUAUUGCGUUUAAAUCAAACGGAGGAAGAUAAGGAAGAAAUGAAAGAAAUCCUUGAAAUGAAAAGAACGCAUGAAAGAUUCUAUAAGAAGAGGCAAAGCAAACUAAAAGAAAAAAAUCUGAUAUCUGAAACAGAUGUCAUUAUUACCAGAGAUUCUUUACACUAAUUCUCGAUAAUAUAUUCAAAACCUUAAUAUUAUAACGCAAUGAAAAAUAUGCUGUAAUCUAUAUUUUUAAAUGCAAAUGUCUUAUUCUUGUACUGUAUUGAUAAAAUCAUAAAAGAAAAAUGUUU